AUGGUUCGUGACACCAAGUACUAUGACAGCCUGGAAGUGAGCCCCAAUGCAACAGAAGGGGAAUUGAAAAAAGCAUACAGGAAGCUCGCAUUAAAAUAUCAUCCAGAUAAGAAUCCAGAAGCCGGCGACAAGUUUAAAGAAAUCUCGCAUGCCUAUGAGAUAUUGUCUGAUCCCGAGAAACGGCACUUGUACGAUCAAUAUGGCGAGGAAGGAUUAAGCGGCAUGGGUGGUGGUAUGGAUGCUGAGGAUCUCUUCUCGCAACUCUUUGGUGGUGCUUUCGCAAGACCAAAAGGACCUAGACGAGGACGUGACAUGGUGCAUCAUCUCAAGGUGCAGCUCAAAGACUUGUAUAAUGGAAAGACAACCAAGUUGGCAGUGCAGAAACACAUUUUAUGUCCCAAAUGCGAGGGCACCGGUGGCAAGGAUGUGAAAAAAUGCGAACCAUGCAAGGGCCAAGGUUUCACAAUGUCGCUACGACAAAUGGGUCCUAUGGUGCAACAAGUACAACAACCAUGUGCAGCUUGUCAAGGACAGGGCGAAACCAUUGGUGAAAAGUGUACCCAAUGCAAUGGCAAAAAGGUGGUGAAUGACAAAAAGAUCAUCGAAGUGCAUAUCGACAAGGGUAUGAAGGAUGGCCAAAGGAUCACGUUUGCCGGUGAAAGUGACCAAGGACCUGGUAUCGAACAACCUGGCGAUAUUAUUAUUGUAUUGGCACAACAGCCUGAUCCCAAUUUUGUACGCAAAGGCGAUGAUCUUGUACACGAGGCCACUAUCGACUUGCUCACUGCACUGGCAGGUGGCCAGUUUGCGAUACCCCAUCUCGACGAUCGUGUGCUAUUAGUCCCCAUUGCUCCAGGUGAAUGCAUUCGCCCAGAUAUGGUUAAAACUAUCCCCCAUCAGGGUAUGCCUACUUAUCGACACCACGACUUUGGCAACCUUUAUGUCAAAUUCAAGAUUGAAUUCCCACCUGCCAAUUGGACCGAUAACGACACCAUCAAGAAAUUGGAAGGCAUCCUACCUCCACGACCUUCUCUACCCACCUUUGGUGAUAAGCACCUUGAGGAGGUAUCCAUGCAAGAAGCGGAUCCUAAACAGGCUGCCAAGGCAUCUUUUGCCCACCCCAUGGAUAUCGAUGAAGAGGAUGAAGAGGGUCAAGGAGGACCAGGUGUGCAAUGUGCCCAACAAUAA